CUGGAAACAGAAGAAAGGUAAAAACGACGAAGAAGAGGGGAUUGAGGAAGCGUUUAUUUACUCGGUUCUCAUUUUCAAGAAUCAGCUUUGAAGACUGUAGCAGGGCCACUGAGCGUUUACCAUGAACCUGGAACGACUUCCCAACGAAGAGAAACUCACCCUUUGUAGGAAAUAUUACUUGGGUGGUUUUGCUCUUCUUCCUUUCCUGUGGCUUGUAAACGUUGUUUGGUUUUUUAAGGAAGCCUUUAUGAAGCCGCCCUUCACUGAACAGACCCAAAUUAAGACGUAUGUGAAGCGAUCAGCAGUGGGUUUGUUGUUUUGGGUCACAGUACUGACGACAUGGAUCACAAUUUACCAACACUUCAGAGCACAGUGGGGGGAAGUGGGAGAUUACCUUUCGUUCACAAUUCCACUGGGCACGCCUUGAGACGUUUGACCUCCAACCAUCCUGGACCAAAGAAUUUUAAGAAGAAUAAGAAAUUGGUCUUUGUAAAAUUUAUUACCUAUAAAUUGUUGAUACUGUAGACCUCACACUUUUCUGUAUGUUUUUAGUUUAGAGCCUUUUUUUUCUUUUUAGUAUGAGCUAACGGUGUGUUGUCAGUGGAUAUGCAUUCAGAUUUGUUUAGGUGAGAAAACUGAUCUGAUUUCACUGCUUUUUUUUCUUUUUCUAAAAUGUUGCUAAAUGACCUUGUGCACUCAAGGUGAUUUUUACUUUCUGACCAAUAAAUACCCUUAAUCUAUAAUGUCUUUUAAAUUGUGUGUAAAUGUUAAGGUGGGAUUGUGACUUUCUUCUAUAAAAGCCACAAUUUUAAAUAAAUAAAAAAGGGAUUGUGGGACAUAGUUACUAUAAAGUCAUAACUAUGAGGGAAAAAAUAGUAAAUUUGACUUUGAGAAUUGAGUUACAAUGUCAUUUUGAUUUUUACUGUCAGCCAUUUGUGAUAUGCAGUGUCAAAUUGUCAACUUUGAAUCAUAAUUGAAAUAAAAUGUAUCAAUAAUUUUCAGUUAUAA